CCCGAUCAUAACCUGUCCUGCUUGCAGAAUCGUCAACCAAUUUUAGACUUUUGUGCUGCCAUUGGGGUUACAAAAACAGGUUGCAUACUUUCCCCUGUCCCUGUUCUUGCUCCUGGGAAGAUUUUGUAUGACCUGUCGCAGAAGUGUUCAACUCCUCUCGUUCUGGCCACCUGCCAGAUAACUACAUUUUUAAAAGUUAAGAAGGUCGACAGCAACGGAACAGUGAUGGAACUACUGUGUGACAUUUGCUUUAACCUAUUUGACCUGGACCUUCACCGUCCAAAGAGCUUGAUCUGUGGACACACCAUUUGUCAAGAAUGCGUGCAGAAUCCUGGCUUGGGAGGAAAGUGUCCAACUUGUAGGAAGGACCUGAACGCCGAUCCUGCUGACCUCCCCGACACCAUCGCUUUGAUCCGCCUGAUAGAACACGACGGCGCGCCUCCUCGCAAGAAGCCCAGGACAGAGGAGACAGGGGUCCAGCAGCUGCGGCGGGGCGUGGAGGCAGGGCGGAAGGCGGUGGAGGUGCUGCGCCUGGUGGUGCCCAAGGCGGUGGAGGCCCUCAACCGGCAGCUGGACUCGUCGGUCGCCCAGCUCCACCAGGUGGAGGAGGCCCUGGAGCAGCAGGUGCAGCGGGGGGCGGCGGGCGGUGAGGGCAGCGCCCCGGUGGCGGAGCAACUGCAGCUGGCGGUGCAGCUGGAGGACAGCCUGCGCCUGCUCACGGCCAAGAGGUGCAGCGUCGUGGCGGAGGAGGAGGACGGCGCCACCUGGAGGGCCUGCGCGCAGCUCGGAGGGUUCGGCGACAUCCUGAGGCUUCACUUGCUGCAGUUGCGGGCGGACGGCCAGCUGCAGACGGUCGACGUCGCCGCUUGUUCUGACCAACCUGGAGUUUACGUGGGGCCGCCAAUCAUCUCUGUUCUGGAGACAACUCAAGACGAUUUAAAAGAUGGCCGUUUUAAGAUAAAUGACAUUCUUCAAAACAGACAACGAUGAAGGUACACACGCAGCCUCAAGAGCUUACACGGCGCUGCUGGUCUGGAGGGGCUGCUGAGCGUCGUUGCUCCGCACCUAGAGGAGCUGCAAAUCGGGAAGCCGGUGCAGCCGAGCGUGUUGGUAGAGGUGGAGAAAAUGAAGUCACUCAAAAGACUGGACGUAAGAUGCGUUAAAGACUUGGACUACCCGGACCUUCCCUUGCAGCUCGAGGAGCUCGCGAUACGGUAUCCAAGAGAAAACCAGUUGCGGUGUGUGGAGCGGAUGCCCCGGCUGCGUAGCCUGCGGGUGGUUAAUUACCUUUGUCCGAAUAUGAACUUCGCUCCCUCGCAGCAUGGGGCCCUGCAGUGGCUUGAAGUUGGCUUCAAUACAAACCACAAGAACACCAUGAUGUCGCUGAUCCGCGCCUACGCCUCCUCAGUCCAGGAGCUCCAGAUAUACUGCAGCGUCAGUAAGGAUUAUGAAAAUGCAGCAUUCUACUUCCCCGAUCUCGCCGAGGAGCUGGUGGCAUGCGGUCUUCACGCACUGCGGCGGCUCAUCCUUGAACGUCCACCAGACGACCCGUGCACAGAGCAGCUCGCGGGCUGCCUGCUGCAGUGUCGGACCAUCGGCAGCUACUUGCCCUCUCACGUCCAAGUGGUCUGCGAAACGUGUUACAUAUCUGUGCUCUAGGGGUGGCUGCGUAAAGUGAACUUCUAACCUGCUUUUUUAACGUAAUAGUGCCUGUAAUGGCUAGCAAACGUUUACCAUGUCGUUCGUUAUGCAUACCGUCUUGAAUUUAUCCUUUUGUACAUAUGAUCUAAAGAAUUAAUGCCCAUUUUGGAAACUACUUUUUCCGGGUGGUUCUAAUGUUUAACUUUGUGAUUCUCAAAAGUAAAGGGAGUAAUACUGUAAA